ACAUCUCACCUUCUUUCUUUAGUCCAAGUGCUGGAGCACGUUUGAGUGACCAUGGAGUGCAUUUGCCGUCAUGUAAUUCGGCGUUAACGCGGCGUGGAUAUUGGCAGAAGGGGGACCUUUUUUUCUUCUUCUUCGCGUGGAUACGAGGAGCCACAGUCGAGGCCAUGGCUGCACGGGAGGAAGGAGAGGUUUUGCACAGUAAAAUAAGGCACCACGACGGGGCUGGAAGUGUAAACAGCUCAGAGGGCUUCAGGAACGGCUAUGUGAAGAGCUGCGUCACCCCUCUCAAACAGGACCACCACGGGGGAUUUUUGUUUAACGUGUGCAGGUUUUGCAACGAAGACCUUCUCAAUUCCACAUGUUUAAAGGUCUCAGCCCUCUACGUCGGCGCGUUUCUAGCUUUGGCGGUAUCUUUCCUCAUUUCCAGGAGCUUGCAAAGUGACUCGCUUUGGGAUUUGCGGACUUUUUUGUCGGGCUUCUCCCAGUCCAUCAGUCCUUUAUUCAGCAUAGGAUGUGCUUUCUUCUUUCUGACGUUCUACCUGAGGAGGAAAAAGAAGGAGAGCGGCAAAUGCUGGCUCCUGUCACUGCCGGCGUCGUGUUACCUCGGGGAUUUUUUGGUUUUGCGGUUUCUGCAAUGGGGAGAGGACCAGCACCAGAUGCAAAUGGUGGGCAGGUUGUUAUUCGUGUUGGGGUGCGUGGGUCUGCUCACCCUGAUCCCCACUCUGAAACUCAAACACAGCGUCCUCGUACUGGUCUUCGCCAGCGUUGUGUGGCUCGUGUCUUUCACAAGUUUGAGCGGUCUGCCCGCGCUGCUCAGGCCGCUCUUCGCCUGCUGCGCCGGGGUCUCGGGCUCCCUGCUCGGGCUCUGCUUCGACCGCUGCUACCCGCCGAGGGAGGCGCCGAGCGGGGCUUCCUCCGCGGAGGAAAAGGUCCCGGUGAUCCGACCCAGGAGGCGGUCCAGUUGCGUUUCACUGGGGGAGACGUCGACCAGCUAUUACGGCAGUUGUAAAAUGCCCCGCAGACCGUCGUUACCCUGUAUAUCUAAAGAACAGAUGAUCUUGUGGGACUGGGAUCUGAAGCACUGGUACAAACCACAGUAUCAGGGUGCAGUGAGCGGCAACGGCGUGGAUCUGUCAGUCAUCAACGAGGCCAGGAACCUGGUGUCGGACCUACUGAUGGAUUCCUCUCUGACGCCACCCACCGUCUCUGCCCUGCGCAGCAUCUCCAGCCUCAUGGGGACGUUUUCGGGCUCAUGCCGCCCCAGGGUCAACCCCUUCACCCCUUUCCCAGGCUUCUACCCCUGCGAUGAGGUGGAGGACUCUGUGGAGAGGAGCGAAAGGAAAACCAUCAAGGGUUUGAGCAGCAGAAACAGCCUCCCCACCCCUCAGCCCAGGCGGAGCUCCACCUCCUCCUCGUGCUCAGCACUCUCUUCUCUCGACUCGGCCUCUUUACGCUGGGAACGCAACAAUGGCAAGAGACCCCACCCUGAACUCAACCUGACCAGCUCAGGGCUGUCUAACGGGCCCAAUCCAAACCUGCUCACCAUUCCCAAGCAGAGGUCUUCCUCGGUUACUCUCACCUACCAUGCUGGAUCCAGGAGAGCAGGCGCUUCUCUCAGCCCGAGCCCCGCUUCCUCACCCAGCCACAGUCUGCUCACAGCAGGCGCAGGUUCUUUGUCGACCUCCGUCACUCGAUCACCUGUGGAGUUCCCAGACACUGCUGACUUCCUGACCAAGCCGAGUGUCAAUCUCAACCUGCACAAGCCCUCGGGAUACACCCAAGGGCUUGUGGGUAGCGCCCCCUUUCCUCUGUGCAACAGUUGUGGUCGUCAGAUGCUCAAGGGAGGUUCUGGAGGUGAGACGGGUGAAUCCUAUCAACCCUUUAUCAGCGAGGCUCAACGCAGGCGCUCAGCGGGUGAAGGGUUUGACUUCACAGGGGAGCCUCUUAUCAGGGAGGAGAGCCUGGAGGGGGACGCGUCUGGGGAUGUCGCAGAGGACCAGCGGUCGGCAGAGGAGGAGAAGGAGAAGAGCUCCAGCAGAGACCAGCUGACUCAGGAGUCAGAGAACACCAAAUCUCAAUGGAAACAAUACUCAUUCCAAUUUCUACAGGGUGAGAGGGACUUCCGACUAGAUCCUAUGCUGGAGGACCAUGAGGCUCUCAUGGAACGGAUGAAUACCUGGAACUUCCAGAUAUUUGACCUGGUGGACAGAACAGGAGGGAAGAGCGGAAGGAUACUCAGCUACGUGACCUACACCCUUUUCCAGGAUACCUGUCUGUUUGAAAUUUUCAAGAUCCCUGUGAGGGAGUUCAUGACAUACUUCUGUGCUCUGGAAAGUGGCUACAGGGACAUUCCCUAUCAUAACAGGGUCCAUGCUACUGAUGUGCUCCAUGCUGUCUGGUACCUGACCACUCGACCAAUCCCUGGGUUCCAGCAGAUCCACAGUGAGCAUGUGACAGGAAGUGACACAGAUUCAGAUAGCGGGAUCUCUCCGGGCAGGAUAUCCUACGCCUCCUCCAAAAGCUCCUCCAUUUCAGAUGACAGCUAUGGCUGCCUGGCCUGGAACAUACCCGCCCUGGAGCUAAUGGCCCUUUAUGUAGCAGCUGCAAUGCACGACUAUGACCAUCCCGGUCGCACAAAUGCCUUUCUAGUAGCCACUAAUGCAUCUCAGGCGGUGCUGUACAAUGACAGGUCGGUGCUGGAGAACCACCACGCUGCGUCUGCCUGGAGCCUCUACCUGUCCCGGCCUGAGUUCAACUUCCUGGUCAACCUGGAUCAUGUGGAGUUCAAGCGGUUUCGCUUCCUCGUCAUCGAGGCUAUUCUGGCCACAGACCUCAAGAAGCACUUUGACUUCCUGGCCGAGUUCAAUGGCAAGGUGAAUGAUGUGAACAGUCCAGGAAUUGAUUGGACCAAUGAGAACGACAGGAUGCUAGUGUGCCAAGUGUGUAUUAAGCUGGCAGACAUCAAUGGUCCGGCCAAAGUUCGUGACCUGCACCUGAAGUGGACGGAAGGCAUCGUCAAUGAAUUUUAUGAACAGGGUGAUGAGGAGGCUAGGUUGGGACUACCCAUCAGCCCCUUCAUGGACCGCUCCUCUCCACAAUUGGCAAAGCUACAGGAGUCCUUCAUCACUCACAUUGUAGGACCCCUUUGUAACUCCUACGACGCCGCUGGCCUGCUUCCCGGCCAUUGGAUUAAUGAAGAGGGGUCGGAUGAAGACAACGAGGAUGGGCAGGUGGACACAGACACAGAUGAAGAUGAGGAAGAUGAGCUGGAGGAUGAGCUAGCACCAAAAAGGAGGAAGAGCCGCCGCAGGUUGUUCUGCAGCAUCAUGCAGCACCUGACGGAGAAUCACAAGGUGUGGAAGAAGACCAUAGAGGAAGAGGAGAAGAGCAAAGAGCAGCCGGACGGCCUCCUCCCCAUCCUGCCGGCCAGCCUGCCAACCUCCCCGUCAGAUGACAUCCAGGUCAUCCAGGAGGAGGAGGAGGGAGAGGAGCGUCAGUAGCAUUGGGAACGAAGGGAAGAACAGAGACGCGCGAGGAAGAGGAGGAGAGGCUGUACAAGGACAUGGGUCCCUCAACCACCUGCCUUUCUACAACAUAAACACACGUGAGACAUACAAACAGUUGACAAAUGCAUAUAAAACACACUUUACUUCCUCCCUCUUUCUCUCUCUCUUGCGCUCUUUCUCUCUCUCUUUCUCACACAAAUACACACAUUCACACUCACAAUCACACACACACACACACACACACACACACACA